GGGCGCCGGACAGGGAGCGGGAUCGAGAAAGGGAACGGGAAGGGGAACGUGAACGGGAACGUGAACGUGAACGAGAUCGAGACCGUGACCUGAUGCUACCCGCCUUCGAGCAGUCCACCGGCCAUCAUCAGCAAGCCCAACACCAGCAUCAUCAUCAUCAGCAGCAGCAGCAGCAAUCACAGAAACCGCAGCAGGUGACUCAUCAACCGGAUCGAUAUCAGGGUCAGGCACAACACUCCAGCCCACAGUUGGACCAGCAACAGGUGGAGCUGGAGCUGGAAAUGGAGCUGCAGCUGGGCGAGGAGCAGGAUCCGGCCUGGGCCCAUGUUGACUAUUGGUGCUAAGGCCCACAACCUUAUCAUUAUCCAAAAAACAAACAAAAACGAAAAAAAAACAACAAUCUAAUCUUAAAAUUAACCGCCACUCAUCGACUAAGCAAAAAGCAAAAGCAGGAAAGCAGAAGAUCCCUCCAAGUCCCCUCCCAAGAAGUUCCCAACCCUCCAGAUAAUAAUUUCUUCCAAAAUCAUUUCAAGUUCUAUAAAACUUUUUAUAAAGUUUAGCACAUUUGCGACAAUCUUGGAUAUUUUAGAAUAUAUAUUUUUUUUAAUUUUUGUUACAAUUUAACUUUUCAAUUUAAAUUCCUUACAAAUCCAAGUUCUUCCAAUAGCUGAGUUUCCCCCCAGAUCCCAAGACCACUCGAAUAUCAUCCGCCGAACCCAAAACCCCAUCCCCUAUAUGUAUGUAUAUUCCUCCCUGAUCCCAAGUCCGCCUGGAGCGGCAUCCAGCCUGUGGCUUGACUACCUCAUGAAGCAAGAAGCAGUAACAAUUAACAAGUAACUAUCAUUAAAAAGUUUUAACGUUUAAAAAGAGAAGAGUAAGACGAGGAGAGCACACAAAAAAUAAGAAAAGAAAAGAAGUAGCACUUGCACAACUGUACAUAACCCAACUUUUUGAUACGAUAUCAUUUAUCGAUAACAUUCCAUUGCAAGCCUGCAUCGAGAAAGAGAAGAGAGAGGGAGAGAGAGCGCAGUGAUCAACUGCGUGCAGUCACAUCCGCAUCAGUAAUUAUUAAUUUUAAUUUGUUCAAUUAUUCUUUUCUAUGCGUAACGUAUUUUUGUUUGCUCUUUGCUCCACCCAACGAAGCCUUAAAAAUAAUGAUAACUACUACUAUAUAUGCUUAUGUGUGUAAAAAACAAAAAAAAAAAAACAAGAGAGAGAUUAGAGAGAGAGGAGUAUUUCAAGUUGAUAUAUGCGAUAUAUGAUGACGUUUGAUAUUUUUUCUCUAAAUCCUAGGCUUAGUCAGUGAUAAACCCGUAUAUAUAUACCAUAUAUACCUUAUAUAUAAACAAUACAUGUAUGAAUUUUUUGUUUUUUUUUUUCGUGUCCAUAAUUUGUAAGCUAUGUUUAAAUGAUAAGCGAAAAAAAAAUGUGUGAGCUGUUGCCUUAAUCAAAAAAUGAGAAAAAAAAAAAAACAAAUUUCAAUUGACAACUAAAACUAAAUUACUAAUCUACACUUUGUUAAUUCUUUUGCAAACAAAAAACUAAUCUACAUAUACAAGAACAACAAAUAAUUAAACAAUCUAUAUAUAUACAAGAUGGGAAAAGAGAGAAGAUAUAUUAUAUAUAUAUAUGUAUUUUCGGUGGAAUCGAAGACCUUAAAGUGCUGCUAAAAAAUUGAAACUUUGCAACUCCUUUCAACUUGCGCCUUAUUAUAGUUAAAAAACAGAAAGCAAAUAAAAUGAACAACUUUUGUAAUUUAUAUUAUAUAUGUAUACAAGUCGAAGAUUAUAUAUAUACUAAAAAGCAAAACUUAUAUAUAUAUUUGUGUGUGUCUAUUGCUUGAUCAACGAGUUGAAGCAGAGUUCAUUAAUAUAUAUAAAAACAUACUUAUACACGGAUAUAACAAUUAUAUAUAUACAAAAAAAAAACAUGUGUGUGUAUAAACAGCUGUGAACACCAAAAAGUGGCCUAAAAGAUCAUCCCCCAAAAAACAAAAGAAAUUCCCCUCACAACAAGUGCUUUGAAAAUUGUUUGUAAAAAUUGUAAUGGUAAUUGCCUCGAUUUGUACUAAAGAGUUAACCAACGAUAACGAUAAAUGAUAAUCGAUAAAUUAUAUCUAUGUUAAAUACGCAAAAACAAAAGAAAACCAACUAUUUGUAACAUAUAACUAAACCCGAAAACAGCUCUUGAAACCAACCCCCCCUCCCCUGAGCACCGCCUUUUUCUAGAUGUACCAAGUCUACCAUAAUGUAUCCCCCCCACCCACACACCCACGAAAAUGCCUGCCUAUUUGCCCCUGAAUAGGAAUGUUAAGCAUACAAGAAAACUCUGUGCAAAGUGCAUAUUUCUUUCCACUUGAGAUGGAAAUCUUUGAAAAUUAAAAUUGUAUUUGAGCCUUAAGCAUUAAGCAAAAGUUUACCUCACACACUCGCACACACACACACAACCCUGGAGAAUUUUAGAGCAGAAUGACUUCCAUUCGCCGACAAUUGAUAUUACGUUCAGCUUCCAAAUACAGAAAAAACUUACAAAAAUCACGAAAAAGAAAAACUUAAUCAAGUUUCAACCACUCAGGUCAGGCGAGUGAAGAAAGCUGCGCCCAGGGUUGCCACCACAUUCGAUGUUAAAUGUAAUUCGUAACUGUAAAUGUUAACUGUAAACCGUAAACUGUAAAAAAUGGCAAAAUGCAAUCAACUCCAUAUGUUAACAUGCAAAAGGAAAAAAAAAGAAACGAAGAAAAGCAAAGUACUCUCGCUUGUACAUUUUUUGUUUAAUAUUUGUAAUCGAUAAUUUCGCGAUUUGUUUUGUUUGUUUUCGAUUAAUAUUCUCUAAUAUAUAUAUAUAUAUACCUAUAUAAAUAUGGCCUAAAAAAACACACAAAAGAGUCGAGUUUGAGUUUCAAGUUUUUGGGAUUUCGUGGGCUUCUUCGCUUCUGGCUGCAGCUGUGCUGAAAGGCGAAGUUAUUAUAUUAUUAAUAGAGCAUCGUAGAAGUAGAACGUCAUUGGAAACUCCAUCUAUCCAUCCAUAACCAUCCAUUUGAUCAAACCAUUUCGCUGUCAUCCUUGCAGGACUCAUGGCGCAUCAGCAUUUUCCCUCCUUCCCCACAUUCUGGACGAUACAUUUUUGACUUUGGAACGACAGGACCUCCUACUGACCCUCAUCUUUAGCUUUUAGUUUUAGGCUACAACAUACAACACAAAGUUUGUUUCAACUUGAACAGAAAUGCGCUACAAAAGUACCUGGACAACGUAAUGUAACGAUUAACGAUUAACGAUCAACCGAUAAAUACCGAUAGAUCAGGGUUGCACAGAAAGAAACGAUCACUCAGCUGCAGGCAGAAGGAGAAACUGACCGCAAAAUCACAAAAUCACCUUUCGAGAGGCCCUUUAAUUUGUAUAGUUAUAUAGAGCCCUAUUAUAUAUCCAUGUAUAUUGCUAAAUUAAAUUAAAAGCUAUCGAUAAAGUUAAAGAUCUAUAUGUGUGUGUAUGUCCACGACCGCAAGAGCAAGCAGCAAACGAAACAAAACAAAGAAAACUCCCACAAACUGUGCUAAAAAAAAAACAAUUGUAAAAAAUAUUAAGAAAUGUGUCGAAUGUGUUGAGAGAGAGCGCACGAGUCCCAGAUGUUAUUUGUGUAAUUUUGACCAGAGCAAAACUAUACGGUAAAUAGAUCUAGCCGACUUGAAAGCCAAAAGCAAGCAAAAGGAACAACAAACAGCAAAAACCAAGUCCAAUCCAAUCUAUGUCCAAUUGUUAGUCGAUAUAUAUUGUUAACUCCACUCAUAAUCCCGCGACCCAUCAUCCCCUUAUCCAGUAGCCGCCGUAUCUUGUAUCCGUAUCUCUAACGCUCGCUGUAUCCGCCAUCCGUAUCUCUAACUGUCUCUGUAAACCAUCUCCGAUCCGACUACAACCGAUCACACUCUAAAAGAACUACAAUAAAAUUAAAGUUUAAUAUCCAAA